UUUCAGAAAAUGACAUCAAAACAUUUGUGACAGCUACUACAGUGUCUUUUAAUUGGAGUAUGAUGAUCAAAGAAUUUUCAGUUUCUGUUUUCCUGGAUGGUACUUCUCAGAUUAUAAAAAAUCCCAAUGGAUUCUUUGUGUGGAGAAAUUUGACACCUGCCACCAUUUAUACAUUUAAGUUUAUAUUUGAACAAUUAAAUCCUGAAUUUGCAAACGUGUCUCAGUCACUGGAUAUUCAAGCUGAAACAGGUGCCUGUUCCCCAGGGUGGGUGGCGUUCCAGAGCAGCUGCUACCGAAUGAGUGAGGAGAGCAAGCCAUGGAAGGUGGCACAACAAACCUGUCAAACCUCUUCACCAGGGGCACAUCUUCUUGACAUAGGGAGUGAAGAAGAGCAUGGGUUUGUGUUGUCAUAUCUCCAGAAAAUUAGUCGAAUCAUCAUGUUAUGGACAGGUCUUAAUGACCUAAAGGUCAGUAUAUUUUAG